AUGAUCCAAGUUUAACCAGAGACUUUGCUAAUAGCUGAGAAUUUUAUUGGACCUAUUACUUCAAAUGAAGGUAAAAUUUUUUUAAUAGAUUUGAUAGGGUGGGUUAUCUAUUAUUGUUAUUCAUCUUAUCUUAAUAGAUGUGGAUCUUGUUUCGGUGGGUAUGGUAGUUUUUAUAUUUAUACUUAAAUACUCAAAACAUUUGAACUUCCUCCACAUUAUUAGAUUAUAAUAAGUUUUACAUUUUUGAGGUAUUUUUUAAUUUAUAUUUUAGAAUCGAUUAUUGGAAUAAUAUUUGUAAUUUUAUUGUUUAUGUUGAUAAUGUUUAAGUAUCUAACAAACAAUAUUCAAAUGCGGAUAGCUCAACUAAUAUUUGUGGGAGUUCCUCCUGGUCUGAUUCUGAAAAUCAGAUAGAAAUACAAGCAGAUCAUUAUAGUAGUACAUCAACAAUACUUAUGGCAGUGGGAGAAAUUUAUAAUUGUGAUUACUGGGCAAUCUCAAAUUUCAAGUUAUUUAUUAAAAAAUGUCCAAAUGGAUGCAUUUCCUGUAAUGCAUUUGAGUGUUUUAAUCAAGUAUUGGUAAUAGAACUAUUUUCUAAACGAUGGUUUGAUAUCAUAAAUAAUUGGGAGGGAUGGUAUUCUGAUGGUGAUGUUUUAGUAAAAAGUGUUUUUUAAUGCGGAGGUAAAAGUAACUUAAAAUUAGAUUUUAAUGGACUAAUUUCAUAAUCAUUCCAAAAUCGCCUUAAAAAGUCGUUUAAUUUGAUUGGUCAUAAAGCUAUCAGUUUGAAUCUAAAAGUGGUGAUAUUGAAUUCUGUUUCUCCUAAAGUUUAAAUAUCUAUUGAUCAAAGAUUAGUAUCUUCAUUUUAAUUGAGUAGGUAAGUAUUCACAUAUUGGGAGUUUUGUAAUUUCAUUAUAGUUAAUUAGAUAAAUAUCGCUCAUUUUUAUCAUAAUAAUGAAAUAAUUACAAUAUAAAUAACAGUCGAUUUUUCAAAUAGAUAUAGUGCCAGCUAUUCUUAAUAAUUUGGAAUCAGAGAUUUUCAAUUAUAUAUAAUACCUUAUUUGAUUACUUGUUAAGAUUAAAACAUUUAGCCAUUUGAUGGAUGCUUUGCUUUACAAUAUGAUUGUGUUGAAGGAUGCAGCAAUUGUAUUAACGGUAUAUGUGUUGAAUGUUCAAAUGGAUGGGUAUAUGUUCAAGAAAUGGAACAUUGUGAACCUAUUUGCGGAGACUCAAAAAUAAUUUAUUUAGAAGAAUGUGAUGAUGGUAAUACGAUUCCAUUUGAUGGUUGUCAUCUUUGUAAAUUUUCAUGUCCUUAAAAUUGCCUCUUUUGUUAAUUUGGAAGAUGUUUAGAAUAUUAUUAAACAGAAACAUUGAUUGAAAUCAACAACAUUUUUGAUUUUUAUGGAUUAAAUUAAUAUAAGAACGCUUUUCAGGAAAUAAAUUUCAAGAAUUAUUUUAUAAAUUUUCUUGAUUUUGGUUAUUAAAGAUUUUUUUUGUUAAUUAUUAUUUAAUUGAAUCCAAUUAAUUAUGAUAAUUUAUUAAAUUCAUUAAAUUAUAGUAAACUCACAAUUUUCUAUAAAAAAUACGACUAGAAUGAGUAUGAUGUGUUAGAAUAGAAAUAAUUUCAUAAACAUUUAAGAAUUUAAAAUUGCUAAGAGUAACUUCUUAAUAAGUGUAAAAAUUGUGAAUUAUUUUUUAAAUUAAGUUUUAAUGAAUAAAAAUGUAUACCAUUAUGUGGUGAUGGAAUUACAAUACUUAAUGAAAUAUGCGAUGAUAAAAACAAUAUUCAAUUUGAUGGAUGUUAUAAAUGUGAGAAGAGUUGCUAAUUGGAAUGUUUAAGCUGCAUAGAAUCAAAAUGUUAUACUUGUCAAAAUGGUUGGGCAUUAUUAGAUGAUAGAUGUUAUUAAAAAUGUGGAGAUGGUUAAUUAGCGAUUACUUCAUCAGAAUAAUGUGAUGAUGGUAACUUUGAACCUAAUGAUGGGUGUUAUAAUUGUUAAUUUGAAUGUGAUCAAUUCUGUUUUUCAUGUGCAUCAAAUGAUAUUUGUUUUAGAUGUCUAGAUUAUUUUGAAGUAUUAAAUGGCAAAUGUAAACCUAUAUGUGGAGAUCUUUAUGUUGUUCCAGGAUUAGAGGAGUGCGAAGAUGAUAAUUAAAAACCAUAUGAUGGAUGUUACAAUUGUUAGUUUUCCUGUGAUGAAAAUUGUGAAAAGGAUAAAUGUUAGGAAAGAGGUAGAUGUAUUUAAUGUUAAAGUGGUUUUUACAUAAUUAAUGAAGGAUUAAAUUGUGAAGUUUUUAAAAAUUAAUAAAAUGGGAAUUAUGAAGAAGAGGAUUAGUAGAACAUUAUAAUAACGAAAUGUGGAGAUUAGAUAAGAUAAUCAGAAGAAUAGUGUGAUGAUGGAAAUCUAAACAAUUUUGAUGGAUGCUCAGAGAAGUGUUUGAUUGAAGACGGUUGGAAAUGUGAUGAAAAAAUAUCUAACAUUUGUUAUCAAUAUCCUGUUAUUCAACUAUCAUAUCUUAAUGUAACAUAGGAUAAAUAAUAUGUAUAAUUAUCUUUCAGUCAAUAAGUAAGAUGGAAUGGUACAAAAAAUAAUUUUUCUGAUGCUUUUAAUUUAACGAUUUAAGGAUUAUAAGAUAAUGAAUUUAAUGUAAUUAUAAAUACUGUAGUUGCAAUUGAAAAAGACCACCCCAACUAUCCUAUUUAUGAAUUCGAAAUCAAACUUCUUCAUUCUGUAGAUAUACAACCUCUUUUGGAAAUUUUUAUUAAUGAUCUUAUAGUUGAUGAUUAUGACUAUCCUUUGAAUAAUUUUAAGUAAUAGGUCUAACUUAAAAUACUAAAUACUUUAAGUGAUUCUUUAUUAUCUGUUGCAAAUAGCUUUUAAGCUAUGGGCAAUUAUAUAAUGAUUGGAUUGGGAUGCAGUAGUGGUUUGAUGUUUUUGAUGGGCGAUUUAUCAUCUAGUUUUGAGAUUUUUGAUGCUCUUCAAUUUUAAUCUUAUUUAAGGUUUCUAAAUGUUGAAUUCCCUGAGAACCUUUAAAUGUAUUUUUAAUCCUCUGAUGUUAUAACAAUUCAACCUGUUUUAAUGAAUUUCAAGAUUAUUGAUGUUUUUGAAAAUCUAAUUGGGUAAAAUUAUUUGGCUAGUGUUGGAAAGCUUUCUCUUUAUUAACUUAAUGCAGAUUUACUCUCUAAUAUUUAUGGAUAAAUUACUUAAUUUGCCUUUUUUAUAUUCCUCUAUUUUGUAAUCCUUUUUUAUCAAAAGUUCUUUUAUAGUAAAUGUUUUAAAUCUAAAUAUAUUUACUAUACUAGAUUAAGUAACUCCAAAAUUAUUUUAUAUCUAGUUAUCAAAUUCUAUUACUUAAAUAAGAAAUUUCUUAAACUAAGUGCUCUUUACACUUUAAAUGGAUUCAAAUAAUUAUUUUAUGCAAAUAGUUGGGAUUUAAUUUUUAAAGUGAUCAUGUAUUUGGUAUCAAACAAUUAAAUAGGACUAAGAUAUUAGGUGUCUAAUUGUGUUAGCAUAGGCUAUUUAAUACUCCUUUUUUAUAUAUUUUGUUCACAUUUUAAAAGAUAAAAUUAAAAAAUUGUGCUGUUAAACUUAAGAAUGGAAUAACAUGAAGGAGUAAUUUUAAUGAAAAAAUUUACAUUUUUAAUAGUUUUGAUUGGAAUGCAAUAAGAAUAAAUUUAUCAAUGCACCGCAUUAACUUUCAUCUUGUUUAGCUAUAUAUUUUUUAUAAUCAUAGUAAAAUUUACAUCUUCAAAUCUUGAUCUAUUUGUAGUAAUUUGGAUGGAAGCUCCAGUAAUGUUAUUUACAUUGAUCAGUUUGAUUUAUUGCACUGAAUUUAAAUAAUUAUUAAAUCAGAAUCAGAAAAUUUUAGUUGCAUUUAUUUAGAUUGGUCUCUUAGUGUUAGCUUUAUUUGGUCCUAUCAUAAAAGCUGGAGUUUUAUUUUAUGAGAAAAUUAAAAAUUAUAUUAAGGAAAAGUAAAAGCUUAAGCCUCCAAUCGUAUUGAAUGUUAACAAUAUUUUUACAAUUGUGUAGAAGUGA